AUGGCUUCCAAGGCCAUGUGGGAGGUUGACCCCGAGACUCGGUCAAAGCUAGCCGCUCUGCAAAAGGUGUCUAACAACAACCUCUGCUGCGACUGCAAUGCGCCCUCACCGCAAUGGGCAUCCCCAAAGUUCGGCAUCUUCAUCUGCCUCUCCUGCGCCGGCGUCCACCGCGGCCUCGGCGUCCACAUCUCCUUCGUCCGCAGCAUCUCCAUGGACGCCUUCAAAUCCGGCGAGAUCGAACGAAUGCGACUGGGCGGUAACGAGGGCUGGAAGAACUUCUUCGAAUCGCACGACGCCACCCAGAUGAUGGGCAUUACCUGGGAGGACUCGACCAUCUCGGAGCGAUACAGCGGCGAGGUCGGCGAGGAGUGGAAGGAGAGGCUGAGCUGCAAGGUCGAGGGCCGGGACUACGUACCUGGGGAAAAGAAGCCCGCGCCGGCACCCGCCAGGACGACUUCGCGGACGACCACGCCUCUGAGUGGGACGGCCCAGGGCGAGAGUGGUGGGCCGGGAGGCAAGGUCAAGGUCGACGACCGCUACUUUGCCAAACUGGGCGCCGACAAUGCUUCGCGGCCGGAUGGCCUCCACCCUAGUCAGGGAGGCAAGUACGCUGGGUUUGGAAACACGCCAGGGCCGAGCCAAGGGAACCAAUCCGCAUUGCCAAACUUUGAUGAUGUGCAAAAGGAUCCCGUGGCAGCUCUGACCAAGGGGUUCGGCUGGUUCACCUCGACCGUGUCCAAGACGGCCAAGACUGUCAAUGAUGGGUACAUCCAACCCACUGCCAAACAGUUCGCCGAGGGAGACUUUGCCAGGCAAGCCCAGCAAACAGCAGCCACGUUGGCCAAGCAGGCUCAACUAGCAGGCAAGAAUGCACAGGAUGGAUUCAACAAGUUCGUCGAGGGCCCUGAAGGAGGCGCCACCAAGAGGGCAGUCCCGUUGGACGAGACCAAGAAGAGCUUCUGGGACGAAUUCUCGAGCCUUGCGGACCAGCGACAGCCCGCCAACAACUCCAUCGGGACGAGUGCCAUGGGCAUGGGCAAGAGCAAGACCGCGGCGCCAGCUACCAAGAAGCAAGCGGAUGAUUGGGAUGAUUGGUGA